CACAGAAUAUGGACAUGAAUAGACGAUAAAUUCAAAAAGGAAUCACUUCAUCACAUCAGUACUAUUACCAGCCGUUCUUGUCCUCACUACCUUGCGCCACAGAAAGAUGAUGAGAAAUUUUUGUCGCUCACUCAUUCACUCACCUCACCAAGCAUGACGAAUAACUCAGGCAAAUGCGUGUCAGCCUUUGACAUUUUUUUAUAUGAGAGCGUUCGACUAGGUCUGAUAUUAGGCUUAAAAGUCCCUAUUUGUGUCUCAAUAAUCCAAAAUCUGACAGAAUAAGAUGCCCGGUGUCCAUUCGGAUGACGAGCCGCUUGUUCGGGAACAAGUCGGCGGCAGUUCAUCGUCGUCCAAAGCACAAGCAAAAGCACCCACAACCGAGCGUGCGCCAGCAUCACCCGUCAGAAAAAGCAAGAAAGGGGAUGACUUAGAAGUGGAAGAAACAACAACAAUAAGGGCAGCAGGUGUGCAGCCGAAAGCAGCUGCAGCUACAAGUUCCAGAGGCAGGGGGAGUAAACAGACGAAUAAAAAGGAUGCAACAUCAGCAGGUGACCCAUCUUCAUCAUCUUCAGACCCAGUAGAAGAGAUAGAACUACCAAAACUACCUGAAGCUGUUUUUCCAGCUACCGAGAGAUUGCUGCCGAUCCAUACAGGAAAAGACGACCUCUGCAUGUGCGAUCUGGUAUAAUAUCUUCCACAUCGAAUAUGUAGUAGACAAGACAAGACUCUACAGGAUUAGCAUGACUAGCUUUUGCAGGGGUAUAUCUUGGUACCAACGACAAGAGGAGAUCCAGCACUGUCUAGCAGACCAGAUUCUAUUGCAUCAUCAGAUUGUAUGUAUCUAUUGCACUGAAAAGAACAAUGCGAGAAAAAUCCGGAACAUUCCCCGUGUAUGAACAACGUCGAAUUAUAGAGCAGUUUAUAGCACGCAUGGAGUAGCAUGGAGUGCAUGGAGCGCAGACCUCUAAGGGACGCAAGAAGCGCGCCCUUUAGCUCCCUGCGAUCCAUGCACUCCGUGCCAUGCGAGCCGGCAGACCUUAUAAAUUACUCUGUUAUAAUAUAAUCAACCACCUCAAGAACAAGAACUUCUCACAGGAACCAUAUUCCACCGAUGCAAAACGAAGGGAGAACUCUCCAGCGCGAGCUGCGAAUGGGUGGUCAACAGCCCCCAAGCGAAGCGGUGGCAUAGAAAAAAGACAGUCCCUGAUAUCCGAUAUUUUAUCGAGGUGGUGGUAUGUUUUUCCACAGUGGCCAGCACCGGAUCACGAUUACUCGCAAGCUUUGGCGAAGAAAGGUAAUCUUUUGGCUGAUAUAUUAGUCCAUGCGAAUGAUGUGGUGCUGAAAAAAGUGCUCUAGUAGUACUCAACAACUGUUUAUACUUUUUUCGUUCACAUUGACAAAAGAAGCUCCGCUUUCCCACUUGGAGAUGGCCACCUUGCUAUGCUUUCCUCCCCUCCUCUAGUAAAGCAACGUGUGAUUGUUCUUUUUCUUAACAGAUCAUCAACAUGAACGAACUGACAACUACAUUAUCGUCUCAUCGCUUGGCGGUACAUUCCUCUCAUAUGGAAUUGAUGCCGGUCACAUGAAGACGCAGACUGAAGUCGUUGGAUUAAACACAGAGAGCGCCUCAUGGCAUUCUCUGCACCUGUCUCCAACCACAAUUUUUUAGCCGAACAAGAUGAGCAUGUGGAUCUAGAUCAAGGCUUAGUUUUGAUGGAGAUCUUUCGGAAGAUGAAGUCGGCUUACUGUCCCCGAAGAAUGUACAACGGUGGGAGCAUGUUAUCUCGUCUCGACGCUUGGCGGUGAGUCACUUUUCGUAGGCUAGCACCGGUCACAUGAAGACGAAGAGUAAGAACUGUCGACUGUAACGGGGGUUGUGUGACUCUACCUGGUGUUGCCAGCCCUAUCCAACAUUGACGACAUUGACCCUGGGAUUUUGAUUUGCAGCAGCUGCGCCUUGAGUUAUGGUAGCUUUCUGUUAGGCUGUUUCUCGUCUCGACGCCCGGACAGUCUCUUUCAGUAGGCUAGCUCUGGUUCUUAAAUACGAAGACGAAAAGCAAGCAUCAAUUGUAACGGGGGUUGCGUGACUUGUUUUCAUAGUGUUGCCAGCCCUAUCCAAGAUUGAUGACAGUCUUCCGCAGCUGUGACUUUCCCCCUCCACGUGCAUGUCCUCCCCUUUUUUCGAGUAUAUUAAGUUGAGACUCUGUUUCUUCAGCAAGACCGAGGCUACUGUUUCUUUCAUCCCCAGGCUACCGCGAAGUCCCCGUUGCGAAUUGGACGAAAGAGAAGGAUAUUGACGAAGAGGGCCUCCAUAAGGUUUAUCAGUUGAAGCAAUUUCCGGGAAUCUUCAGAGAUGCGAACCAGAUUCGAAUGGACAUGAGACCAGUGAAAAGCUGUCCGUGCUUUUUGAACCUCCAAGCCAAGCCGAUCGAUCAACUCAUCAAGUGGUUGAAGAGAGCGUACCUUUAAGAUUUUGCAGAAAUUUUUGGACAUUUGGUUCUGAUGUAGGCGUUAGGAUCUUCUAAUUUCUACGACAAAUUUUUAUAGUCAAAGCUCAUAAUUACAAUUACUGCUUCAUCUGCACGACUCAAACUACAGGUACGAAAAUCAGAUUAUGGUUUUGAAAACUGACGCUUGCACCGGCUGGGGUAAUCGCGAGGCAUUGGUAAAAGAUCUGCAGCUUUCGCUUAAAACGCUUCAUAGCGAAGAAAAAGGCCUCCUCGGAAAGUAUGGCAAGCGAACAGACCCGUACAGUCGGGAUAUCAAGAAGUAUCUAAGAAAACUUCAUGAGUAAAGACGGGAAGGCAGUGGAGCAACAGUAGACAUGAAACGCUGAAGAGAAAAGUGUCUGCUCAUGAAGAUACAAUGGCAGGAGGGGCAUGUCAAUGAUCACGUAAAAGACGCAGGUUAGCUCUCUCGGAUAUAACACCGCCUCACGACCUGGAAUACGGCCAGGUCGUGAAGAGAUGAAAUUUGACCCAUUUAAGAUGAUUUUUCUUUGAAACACACUAUUAGAAGCAUAUUGAAUUCGACCCAUUUAAGAUUGUUUUGAAACACACUAAUCAUAGAAGCAUUUGACCCAUUUAUUACGAUUUCUUUGAACGCAAAGAAGCCGAUGCUUCUCGAUACUUUUUUUGCUGUAAAUGAACGUGGCUGAUUAUAGCGAUGUAAUUGUAGGGUCAUAUGGUGAAACACUGACACCAGUGCGAAGGUUUUAUAUUAUCUCCAUGUAGAUGAAGAAAAAGCAAGCCGCAAACAGACCACUGAGUCAACGAAAAAGUAAUUUGAACAACAGCGCAAUCACAGCCCAAACGUGGUGCUAUCUUCCCUACUGCGAUCGACUUCAGCUAUCUGGUUCUCUCGCUAGUCCUUGACCUUGUUUGCCA